CGCUCUCAGUUCAGUUCAGAUCGUACCGUUGAGAUUGAUUCUUCAUUCAUAUCGCAUAGUUCAAAUUAAUUUUCGUACCUAUUGAUCUAUUUCUGUACCUUGUGCCUUCCAAAUAAAUUAAUUAAAAUAACAGUGCGUUAUCCUUCGAAAAGUGACAACCUAUCAAUCUAAUAGUGUUAACCAAAGGUUUUACGGAGCUUUACCUCAAUAAAGCUGCCCUGGUGACAGCGACCCUGCUUUCUGUUAGUUUUUUUUUAAAAACUAAGUUCGUUCCGAAAGGAAUACAACACAAAAAUUGGUGACAGAGCGGUGGGAUACCUAAAAGAGAGCCAGCAGAAUACCUCAAGGAAAGCCAACAGGACAUCUGAAGAAGAGUCUACAAGGACCUGCAGGAUAUCUACUGGAGUGCAGUCGCCGUGUUUCUUCAGUUUAGUGCAGUGCAGUGAUUGUGCAGUGUCACUCGAGAAGAAGAUCACAUCUUGACCGCCUCUCUAUGAGCACAGCUCUUAAUAGGAAAAGACCCCAAGCUAUAAGCCAAAGCUGCUUCCCUCUUCUGUAACUGGAUCUCAAGAUUCACCGGACUAGCGGAGUCUACGCAGAAGAAUCCACCUGUGUAACUGGAUCCUAAGAUUCACCUGACUACUGGAGUCUACGCACGGGUUCAAAUUCCUAAUUCCCUCGAGAAAAACAUAAUGACGAAAAUAAUUGUUCUCCUCCAGUUAUUCACUUUCCAAGUCCUUCUUCAAGCACAUCAGUAUGAAAUCAAUCCUAUCAAAUCAUCCUCCGGUUUACUAUAUCAUAAUGUUGGUAAGGCACAAAUAUCAAACGAAAAAUAUAUAAUUCUUACAUAUCAUAACUUAACUCAUUUCAAAUAUCAAGUCGUACAAAUAUUAGGUUUCUACUCGAACUCUAUUAAUCUAUGUGAUAUCGCAAUGGCAGAGCAUCUUUCUAAUGACUGUAAAAAUCAAUUAAGUUACGUGAAAACCAAAGUUACAAUAAUUGAGGAAAUUUAUAAAAUUAUAUCUCAUCAAAUUAAUAUGCCAAGAAAGAAACGUGGCUUAUUUAACGGCGUCGGGACGGCUAUUAAAUGGUUAACUGGUAACCCAGAUUCAGAAGACGCUCAAUUUUAUUCAGAUGCAAUAAAUCAAAUCAUAAAUAACGAAAAACAAACUGAUGUUCUAAUGCAGCAACAAGUAUCAAUUCUUUCAUCUACCAUUUCUAAUUUCAAUAAUUCAUUUUAUAAAAUGAACGAAAACAUAGGAAUCUUAAAUAAGAACUUAAAAGAAUUUAAUCAGUUCUCGAAGGAUCUUAAUAAUAUUCAACAUGCGUAUGAAAUAGAAUCUCAAAUUUCAAAUCAUCUUAUACUGCUCAUUGAAAUGACUGAUGAACUCCUAUUCAAUUUGCAAAAUUACGUGAAUGAUGUUUCACUUAUACAGCAUGGAAUAAUAAAUUAUAGAAUUUUGCCUCCAGAAGUGCUUUAUCGAGAACUUCUGAAAAUCUCUACUAAUAUUUCUCUUCCUAUUCCUUUGAGUAUCGAAAACGUUUAUUACUACUAUAAAAUCAUGAACUUGAAAUCUUUCAUAAAAAAUAGCUUACUAACAAUUGCAUUCGAAAUACCUAUUUCUUCCUCACAAGACCUCGAUCUUUAUCAACUAUUCUCUUUACCACACCCUCAUUCUGAAGAUAAUAGUUUAUUCUCUUAUAUCGAGCCAUCCAAACCCUUCCUACUGAUUUCACCUAUGAGAACAAAUUAUUUGUUGGCUGAUAAAUUGGAAAAUUGCAUUGAAUACCAUCCGAGACAGUGGAUUUGCAAUCAGAUGCCAACCAUGAAGAAAAUCGACUCUUCCUGUGAAGUACAACUGCUAAUGAAAAUCGUCAACAAGAUUCCCGACUCCUGCAUGAAAAGAAAUAUCAUAGCCGAUGCUGAAAUCUGGCACAAGACCGACGUUAAUGAAUGGCUGUUCUCCCUAUCCAAUCCAACUCGAAUCUCUAUCAUCUGUGGUGAAGAAUCCUUAAAGCAAGAAAUCAUCGAGAAGAUGGGUAUUCUAAAGCUCAACUCACACUGCAAGGCAUUUACUGAUCGUACAAGUCUAGAAACCAGCGCAGUACUAGCUUCCCUAAACUCAAGUUAUGAUAUUCCAUCUUCAAGUAUAAUACAGGACGAUUGCUGCCAGAAAUUGAAGAGAAAUCUCACUGUCCACGCAAUUCAUAUGGAACCAAUAAAAUUAACAAGUGUCAACCUCCACGAACUCAAGUAUGCUCAACACAAGCUAGCAGAAUUCGAUGAACAACUCCAACAACAACUGAAUAGGCCUUUCAUCAUCCAACACUCUUCGUGGGUAACAACAGCCCUAUCAAUUACAUGUGGUACCAUUUUGCUCAUUGUCCUCUACAAUUUUAUGAAAUGGUGUGGAUGUUUCCAAAUUCUCCGAGGAAUCUUCUGUUGUACCAAAGAGCCUAGAGCCAUAGAAGCAGGUCCAUGUUUCCAGAUCUUCAACCAAUGUCACAAAAGACCAAUACAGCAACCAGUUCAAGUCUACUGCGAUACAGAACUCCAACGUCUUAAUUACCCAGGUUCCUCUGAGACAGAAAUCCGAGUAUCGAGACCAGAAGACGCCUCCAGCAGCGGGUCUCAAACACAGAGAAGAACAAACAAGACAUUAAAAAUUAAUCCUCAUUAA